AUGAUUGAAAUAUUCUCAUUAAAAUCCAUAAAAGAACGCAAAGAUUCACUUAAGAACAAAUCUUUGGAAGUUAACGAUCGCAAAAAAAAAAUAAAAAUCUUUAAUGGAAUUUUUAGUCGGUCGAAAGUACAAGAUUCAUCAAAUAUCAAUGAACUUUUCACUAAAGAAGAGAAGGACAUCAUUUAUAAAACGGCUAAAGAUUAUCUAGAUGCAAACAGGGACAUUCAAUGGAAAUCUAUCAAAACUAAAAUUCAAAAGGAUCCUCGUAAAUAUUCGCUAAAUGACAUGAAAAAUGUUUGGAAUUCCAAACAAAGACAACUUGAACUGGAGGCUAGACAACAAGCACGAGAAGCUAGGGCCGAGGUGCAAGAUGAGGUUUAUCUUUAUGAUCCAUCCACUAAAGAUGAUAACUAUAAUUAUACCACACCCUUGACCAAUUUGAUACAAAAAUUUAAAUAUUAA